GAACGGCCAUUGAACAAAAAGAAGAAGAAGAAGACUGGUUUGAAGUUGGGCGGCUUGGAGGCUUGCUUAAGUAAUAUUAGUAAACAAAAGCGGCAACAGAAAGAACGAGAAGUGACGAUAAGUGAAACGGAAAGUUGUUUAAAUACGCUUACUUUGUUGGUGUAGUUUUUUUUUAUCCUUAUGCGGUUAUUGCAAACAACUGGGAAGUCAAAGGAAUUCAUUGGUUAUUCGAAAUACAAAGAUGAGUCUCAGUAAUCAUGAUGAACCCUCUUCAGAUGUUGAUCCAGCUGCAGUGAACAACAGUGUGCGUGAUACAACAUCAGCUUCUGACGGGGUGACACCCACACGCUUAUUAAAAUCCAAGUAUGAAAGUAAAAUAGAGCAGGCAAGACUCUCAUAUUUCAACAAAACGCUGGUAUUGAACAGCUGUGUCCUGUGUUUGUUUUUGUGUAGAAUGCAGAUUUGGAAUGUCAUCACUGGAAAGAUGAUUCAGAAUGAUGCAGAUGCUGAGGUACUUAAAGAUCUGACUCAUCAGAACACUAAACUCUGUGAAAAGACCAUGAAAAUUUUAAAGGAAACACGAGAGCUUCAGGACCAGAUCACAGAUAUCCAGAAGGAAAGACUUGACCUAAAAGGACAAAUUAAGAAGAAAAUGCAGGAGAUAAAUGAGUUGAAACAGGUGAAGGAGAACCAGGGAGAAGUUCAACAGAGAGCCAAGGAAAGAGCAGAGGCGGUGCUACAGAAAUACCAGAAGGUCACCACCAUUUUACAAAAUGUGUUGCGGGGAAUGAUACUGGCCAGUAAAGUCAGCUGGAGGGAUGAUCCUAAAUUAAGGGACAUUGCAAUGGGAUUAGAAAACAUUACCAACUAAAGACCUGUUUGAACACAGUUCUCCAAUUAAUGUAUAUACUUUACCUGUAAAUGUGCUCACUGUUACCAUGCAUAUUCGAGCUUGUUGUAACAGCUCAUUUUAGAAUGUUUUAGCAUUCUGAAUGUGAGAUAAAUGAACUGAUUUUACCAAUGAAUUUACUUUUUAAAAUAAAGUUCAGACUCAUCCUGUAAUAAAGGUUUAUAUAUAACCA